UCCCCACUCCUUAAAAAAAGAAACAUUGAAAAAAAAUGUUACAUUAUAGACAAAAAUGAUUUCUGUAACCAUUGGAAUUGAUCAUUCCAUAUUGAAAUGAUUGCAUGUUCCUUUGUUUUCGUGCUUGCAGUCAGUCAGUAGCUACGCCUAAGACUGACUGUAGGAGCUGAACACACAAGACAGACAGACACGCACACACAUCACUGCACCCUAGGUCUGGGGCUGAGGAUCGGGUUGGGAGUGAACCGCUCAUCUGGAUCCAUUGCAGUGGAAGUUGCAGCCAGAAACGAAAAGGUGGGAAGAAAGGAAACAGGCUCCUGACUGUCAGCCUUUUUUUUUGUGACUAACGACACCUUAUCAAAACCCACAAAUAAACUUACGGAUACAACCUAUACGUUUUGCAAUUGCAGAAACCUUUGUUAUUGCAAUGAAGUGUAUUUACGUGCAACAGUGAAGAGGCCCCUUUGACAGUUGAUGGACUAAUGGCAGCAGAGUGACAUGCCAUCAUGGCCCUGAUGAUUCCUCCAGUGAAGCUGAAAUGGCUGGAGCACCUGAACGGCUCGUGGAUCACGGACGACAGCGAGUCCAUCUCCACGCGGGAGGGCGUGUCCGUGCUCUACUCCAAGCUGCUCACCAACAAGGAAGUGGUCCUCCUACCCCAGCAGGUGCUGUGUCUGAAGGGACCCCAGCUGCCAGACUUUGAGCGUGAGUCCCUGUCCAGCGAUGAACAGGAACACUACCUAGAUGCCCUCCUCAGCAGCCAGAUGGCGUUGGCCAAGAUGGUGUGUUCCGACUCUCCCUUCGCCUCAGCUCUCCGCAAACGCCUGCUGGUCCUCCAGAGGAUCUUCUACGCUCUGUCCAACAAGUACCACGACAAGGGCAAGGUCAAGCAGCAGCAGCACUCGCCCGAGAACAACUCCGGAUCGUCCGACCUGCAUUCUGUCAGCGAGCGGCCGCGGUCCAGCACCGAUGCUCUGAUCGAGAUGGGGGUCCGUACGGGCCUCAGUCUGCUGUUCGCUUUGCUCCGUCAGAGCUGGAUGAUGCCGCCGCCCGGCCCCGGAGGACUCAACCUCUGCAACGAUGUCAUCCACACGGCCAUGGACGUGGUCUCCUCCCUGCCGCCCCUCUCCCUGGCCAACGAGAGUAAGAUCCCUCCUAUGGGUCUGGACUGCCUGACCCAGGUCACCACCUUCCUCAAGGGAGUGACCAUGCCAAACUCUGGGGCGGACAUCUUGGGUCGGAGGCUGGCGUCGGAGCUGUUGCUGGGCCUGGCUGCCCAGAGGGGGUCCCUGAGGUACCUGCUGGAGUGGGUGGAGAUGGCCCUGGUGGCGUCCGCCGUGGUCAGCACCAUGGAGAAGGACAAGAUGAAGGUGUGUCUGCUGAACCAGGAAGGGCUGAUUGGAUACGACUGCUUCAUGAACAUCCUCAUGCAGAUGAGACGUUCCCUGGGCUCGUCAGCAGACAGGAGUCAGUGGAGGGAACCAACACGGACAUCAGACGGGCUGUGCUCUUUGUAUGAAGCAGCUCUCUGUCUGUUCGAAGAGGUGUGCAGGAUGGCAUCAGACUACUCCCGUACCUGUGCCAGUCCAGACAGCCUCCAGACCGGCGAGGCUCCCAUGGUGUCAGAGACGUGUGAGGUCUAUGUCUGGGGCAGCAACAGCUCCCACCAGCUGGUGGAGGGAACACAGGAGAAGAUCCUCCAGCCCAAGAUGGCACCCAGCUUCGCCGAUGCACAGACGGUAAGAGACCACAGGUCUCCAAAGAUUGAGGCAGGCCAAUAUUGCACCUUCGUCAUCUCUUCAGACGGCUCUGUCAGAGCCUGUGGUAAAGGCAGCUACGGCAGAUUGGGUCUGGGAGACUCCAACAACCAAUCAACUCUCAAGAAGCUGACCUUUGAACCUCACCGUGCCAUCAAAAAGGUGACGUCUUCGAAGGGUUCGGACGGACACACACUGGCCUUCACCACGGAGGGAGAGGUGUUCAGUUGGGGAGACGGGGACUACGGAAAGUUGGGGCAUGGGAACAGCUCCACACAGAAGUACCCCAAACUCAUCCAGGGACCUCUGCAGGGAAAGGUGGUGGUGUGUGUAUCUGCGGGCUACCGACACAGUGCAGCGGUCAGUGAGGAUGGAGAGCUCUACACAUGGGGUGAAGGAGACUUCGGGAGAUUAGGUCACGGAGACAGCAACAGCAGAAACAUUCCUACUCUGGUUAAAGACAUCAGCAACGUAGGAGAGGUGUCUUGUGGGAGUUCUCACACCAUAGCUUUGUCAAAAGAUGGCCGCACCGUGUGGUCCUUCGGAGGGGGAGACAAUGGGAAACUGGGACAUGGAGACACAAACCGUGUCUAUAAACCCAAAGUAGUGGAGGCCUUGCAGGGGAUGUUCAUAAGGAAAGUGUGUGCUGGAAGCCAGUCCUCCCUGGCCCUAACCUCCACUGGACAGGUGUAUGCCUGGGGCUGCGGGGCCUGCCUGGGCUGUGGCUCCUCUGAAGCCACUGCUCUGAGACCCAAGCUGGUUGAGGAGUUGACAGCGACCAGGGUGGUAGACCUGUCCAUAGGAGACAGCCACUGUCUAGCUCUCUCACACGACAAUGAGGUGUAUGCGUGGGGUAACAACUCCAUGGGUCAGUGUGGCCAGGGUAACUCUACUGGUCCCAUCACCAAGCCUAAGAAGGUGGUUGGUCUGGACGGUGUGGUCAUCCAACAGAUCUCAGCUGGUACCUCCCACAGCCUGGCAUGGACCGCUCUGCCCAGGGACAGACAGGUGGUAGCAUGGCACAGACCCUACUGUGUGGACCUGGAAGAAAGCACUUUCUCCCACCUGCGUUCCUUCCUGGAGCGCUACUGUGACGGCAUCAACAGCGAGGUGCCACCCCUCCCCUUCCCCUCCUCCAGGGAGCAUCACAACUUCCUGAAACUCUGCCUUCGACUGCUGUCCAAUCACCUGGCUUUGGCUCUGGCUGGGGGAGUGGCCACCAGUAUCCUAGGGCGACAGGCCCGCCCCCUCCGGAACCUUCUCUUCAGACUGAUGGAUUCCUCUGUUCCCGAUGAGAUCCAAGAGGCUGUGAUUGAGACUCUGUCUGUGGGGGCCACUAUGCUGUUACCUCCUCUGAGAGAGAGGAUGGAGCUUCUCCACUCCCUGCUGCCCCAGGGACCUGACAGAUGGGAGAGUCUGUCUAAAGGACAGAGGAUGCAACUGGACAUCAUUCUGACUUCACUCCAGGACCACACCCACGUAGCAUCCCUCCUGGGGUUCAGCUGUCCCCCCGAGGCCCCCGAGGCCCUGGCCUCCUCCUGCGGCCUGGACCCCUCCUACGGAGCCCCCAGUACCAACCCUGACACACACCUGGCUGAGAUCCUAAUGAAGACCCUGCUCAGGAACCUGGGCUUCUACACGGACCAAGCGUUUGGGGAACUAGAGAAGAACAGUGACAAGCUGCUCCAGGGAACAUCUUCGUCAGACAGCAGUCAGCCGGCCCAUCUCCACGAGCUGCUCUGCUCCCUACAGAAACAACUGCUGGCAUACUGCCACAUCAACUGUGUUACAGAGAACUCUAGCAGUGUGGCUCUGCUCCAUAAGCACCUCCAGCUGUUGCUGCCCCACGCUACAGACAUCUUCUCCCGCUCGGCCACCCUGCUCCAGGAGAGCUCCUGGAACGGCAGCAUCAGAGAGAAACUACGAGAUGUGAUCUACGUGUCAGCAGCAGGCAGUAUGCUGUGUCAGAUCGUCAACAGUCUACUACUACUACCAGUGUCUGUAGCCAGACCUCUGCUGAGCUACCUGCUAGACCUGCUUCCUCCUCUAGACUGUCUCAACAGACUGCUGCCUGCUGCCACACCGCUGGAGGACCAGGAGCUGCAGUGGCCUCUACAUGGAGCCCCAGACUUUGUGGACCCUGCAGGGCAGCCCCUGGCCCAGCCGGCCCAGUCCUGGGUGUGGCUGGUGGAUCUGGAGCGUACUGCAGCCCUGCUGGUGGGCCGCUGCCUGGGGGGCAUGCUGCAGGGAGCACCCCCCUCUCUAGAGGAACAGGAUACAGGCUACUGGCUGAAAACCCCUCUGUUCAGCAACGGGCUGGAGAUGGACAUCCCUCAACUAGAUAACGGCAUCAGCUGGCUGUUAGAGGAGGCCCUCUCGGGUAACGAGGAGCAGAAACCAUUUGACUGUACUCUGAGAGCAGAUAUCAGCAUCCUAGUAGAGCUGGCCCUGGGUUCCACUAAAGAACCCACCAACGGUCUCUGGAGCAACAUGCAGGACUACGCCACCAGCAAAGACUGGGACAAUGCCUCUCUUUGUAAUGAGACCUUAUUGGACACAGUGUCCAGGUUUGUCCUGGCUGCUCUACUGAAGCACACCGGCCUGCUGGGCCAAGCCUGUGGAGAGGGCAGGUACCAGCCCUGUAAGACGCUGGCUGAGGUGUACCGUAGUGUCUACAAGGUCAGGAACCGCCUGCUAGCCUGCAAGAACAUGGACGUCAUCCAGACACGCUCGUCUUCCCGGGAGAGGAGGAUUUCAGACAAUCAGGACUCGCUGGAGAUGGACCCCCAGGAGCACUCGUUCACGAGGACCAUCGACGAGGAGGCGGAGCUAGAAGAGAGGACGGACCGCGAAAGGGAGGAUGUGCAUCAGGAGCAGGAUGAGGAAGAGGAUGAGAGAGAGCACGAAGUCAUGACCGCUGGGAAAAUCUUUCAAUGUUUCCUCUCAGCACGGGAGGCGGCGAGGAGCAGAGAAAGGGAGAGGGCCAGCAGCAGCGCCGGGGGAGGCCUGACCUCAGGAGGAACCAGAGGAGGAGGAGUUGGGGGAGGGGAGGAGGAGGCCACGACAUCCCAGGAGGAGCAGCACAGGAGAGACAGCUGUCCAGGGCUUCCUGAGGGACAGGACCUGUACACAGCCGCCUGUAACUCAGUGGUCCACCGCUGUGCUCUGCUGCUGCUGGGGGUCAGCCCUGUACUGGGGGAACUGGGGAAACAGCAGCUCGAGGGACACGGAACCUUCCAGUCAGCCGGACUGGGACAGCAGGACGGGACGGGCUUCAUGACCAGGAGUGAGAGUCUCAGUACAGAGAGCUGUUCGGUCCAGUCCAGCUCCAACUAUAGGCUGAUGAAGUCCAGGAGCGAAUCAAAUCUCUCCCUGUCUGAUGAGGAGGGAUGCUCUGUGAGUGGCAGGAGAAACAUUGACCUAGACCUGGCAUUUUCUCCUAAAAAGAGAGGUCUACUCCACAGUUCUCCAGACUCCCUGGCUGACUCAUGGUUCAGGGUAAAACACCAGCUGUACGACUCUCCCCUCUACCAAUCCUAUGAGGAGUCGGACCUGGACCUGAGCCGCUCGCUGGGGGUUCACGCCCUCAUAGAGAACAUUGUCAGCUUCAUCAGUGGAGACGUGGGGAACACCCCCGCCUUCAAAGAGCCUGAGGAGAGCAUGUCUACUAGUCCCCAAGGAACCAUCCUGGCUAUGGAGCAACAACAGAACAGGGCUGAGCUGCGUCUGGAGGCUCUACACCAGAUCGUGGUGCUGAUCUCAGGGAUGGAGGAGAAGAGUAGCCAGGCUGCAGGAGGUGGGGGGAGCGGACCAGGAGGUCGACCCAGCCCCAGCGCUGCCUUCCAGUCCUCCUCUCUCCUGACCUCCGUCAGGUUACAGUUCCUGACUGGAUGUUUCGGUCUAGGGACUGUGGGCACCGGGGGACUGAAGGGAGAGAAUGUCCAGUUACACCACUACCAGGACGGUGUUAAAGCAGCCAAGCGGAGUCUGCAGAUGGACAUCCAGACAGCCGUACAUAAGAUAUACCAGCAGCUGUCUGUCACUCUGGAGAGAGCCCUGCAGGCCAACAAACAUCACAUAGAGGCCCAGCAGCGCCUCCUGCUGGUGACAGUGUUUGCCCUGAGCGUGCGUUACCAGUCUGUGGACGUGUCCCUGGCCAUAUCCAGUGGCCUCCUCAAUGUGCUGUCACAGCUGUGUGGUACAGAAACCCUGCUGGGACAACCACUCCAGCUGCUACAGAAACCAGGGGUGUCCCAGCUCAGCACUGCCCUGAAGGUAGCCUCCACACGACUACUGCAGAUACUGGCCAUCAGCACUGGGACGUAUGCAGACAAGCUAGGACCCAAGGUGGUUCAGUCCCUGUUGGACUUGCUGUGUAGCCAGCUGAAGAACCUUCUCUCCCAGGCAGGAGUCAGCCUGCUCACUGCCUCCCCAGGGAAGAACCAGGAGAACCAGGACAGGAAGUCUGAGGAUGGAGCUGACCCAGAGAAGACAGACUUCAGAGCAUUGGUGCGUAAGCAGCACACAGCAGAGCUUCACCUGGGAGACUUCCUGGUGUUCCUGAGACGAGUCGUCUCCUCCAAGGCCAUCCAAUCCAAGAUGUCUUCUCCAAAGUGGACAGAGGUGCUGCUCAACAUUGCUGCACAGAAAUGCUGCUCAGGAGUCCCUCUUGUGGGCAACCUGAGAACUCGUCUCCUGGCCCUUCAUGUUCUGGAGGCUGUGCUGCCUGCCUGUGAGGCCAGUGUAGAGAACGACCAGAUUACACAGGUGGUGGAGCGUCUCUUCUCCCUGCUGGCUGACUGUAUGUGGGAAGCUCCCAUCGCCCAGGCCAAACACACCAUCCAGAUGAAAGAGAAAGAGCAGGAGCUUAAACGACAGGGUGAGGAGGAGGAUGAGAACCUUCCUAUCCAGGAGGUGUCGUUUGACCCGGAGAAGACUCAGUGUUGUGUGGUGGAGAAUGGCCAGGGUCUGACCCACGGCAGCGGGGGGAAGGGAUAUGGACUGGCCUCUACCGGCAUCUCCUCUGGGUGCUACCAGUGGAAGUUCUACAUCGUGAAGGAGAACCGUGGGAACGAGGGAACGUGUGUCGGGGUGUCUCGUUGGCCUGUCCAUGACUUCAACCACCGCACCACGUCAGACAUGUGGCUGUACCGAGCCUACAGCGGGAACCUGUACCACAACGGAGAGCAGACCCUCACCCUCUCCUCCUUCACCCAGGGAGACUACAUCACCUGUGUGAUGGACAUGGAGGCGCGCACCAUCUCCUUCGGGAAGAACGGAGAGGAGCCCAAGUUAGCCUUCGAGGACGUGGACGCCACAGAGCUCUACCCCUGUGUCAUGUUCUACAGCAGUAACCCUGGAGAGAAGGUAAAGAUAUGUGAUAUGCAGAUGCGGGGUACCCCUCGUGACCUCCUGCCUGGUGAUCCUAUCUGCAGCCCUGUGGCCACAGUCCUGGCUGAGGCCACCACACAGCUCAUCAGGAUCCUGCACCGCACGGACCACUGGACACACUGCAUCAACAAGAUCAUGAUGGAGAGGUUACACAAAAUCAAACCCUGCUUCAGAGACUCAAACAACGCUACUGGAGGAGGAGGUCAGAGGUUAAAGAAGAGUCGUUCGGUGCAGAGCAGAGAGGAGCAUGAUGCCCAGAGGGACACGUCCAGGGACCCCCAGAGAGGGGAGGAGGAGAGGGGCCGGCCGGGACACGGGAGCCGCCAGGGGCAUGGAGGCCUGGGGGAUCUCUCUGACCACCACCUCAGGACCCUCUGUACAGAGGUGUGGCCUGUGCUGGCGGUGAUGGGGGGUGCAGACGCAGGGCUGCGUGUUGGGGGGCGCUGUGUGCACAAACAGACCGGUCGUCAUGCUACUCUACUGGGCGUGGUGAAGGAGGGGAGCACCUCAGCCAAGGUGCAGUGGGACGAGGCUGAGAUCACCAUCAGCUUCCCAACUUUCUGGUCGCCUAGUGACACUCCCCUGUACAACCUGGAGCCCUGCGAGCCGCUGCCCUUUGACGUGGCACGCUUCCGAGGCCUCACCGCUUCCCUACUCCUCGACCUCACCUAUCUCACCUCCAUCCACGAGGACGCUGGGAAGCUGAGCGCCCGGCGCCACGAGAAGAGACACCGUAGCAACGGAGGUCACGAUACAACGACGACGACCGCCACGACAAACGACGACAUCAACAACAAACCGAGUGACACAGAGCAGAGCCACCAACACAGGGUCUCCCCAGACCCCAAAGACACAACAACAACGGGGACCGUCACCACGACGACAACCUCUGAUCUGAGAGUGUCACACAGCCUGGACGAGGUCAAAGCCCACUCGGUGCCCAACUCCAAAUCAGAGAGCGAGAUCUCCUCCUGCGCCUUGGACACCCAACACCAGGGUGGAGGAGGACCAGAGACCCUCUCCCCUGCUCCUCAGACCCCCCAGGAGGGUAACAGGAGGAAGGGCCAUGAGGGCCGGGGCCAUGAUGGCUCUCCCUCCUCAGGGGCCAGUCAGUCUGAGAUCCAUGCGGUGCAGCUGUCCUACCUCUACCUGGGGGCCAUGAAGGCCCUCAGCACCCUGCUCUCCUGCUCCAAGUAUGUUGAGCUGCUGCUCAUACCCAAGGUCCAGGUUCAGCCGGAGCCUGCUCCCAGUGGACACAAUGCAGACCUGAACGCCGGGUCCACCCCUAGUGGCGCAGCGCCCUCACCCGUGUGCCAGGAGGAAGUUGAGAUGAGGGCGGCACUGCAGUUCCUGAUGCGUCACAUGGUCAAGCGGGCCGUGAUGAGGUCACCCAUCAAGCGGGCGUUGGGAUUGGCCGAUUUGGAGAGGACUCAGGCCAUGAUCUAUAAAUUGGUGGUCAGCGGGCUGCUGGACGAACACUGCAGUGGGGGCAAGGCCAGACCUGCUGACCCAGAGUGUGAGGAGGGUGCGCAGGGAGAGCAGCAGGCCCAGACCCCCAUCACCACCAGCCCCUCUGCCUCCAGCACCACCUCCUUCAUGAGCUCCUCUCUGGAGGACACUACCACAGCCACAACACCUGUUACUGACACAGAGACUGUCCCUGCCUCAGAGUCCCCUGGGGUCAUGCCUCUUAGCCUGCUCAGGCAAAUGUUCUCAAGCUACCCGACCACCACUCUGCUGCCAACGCGUCGUGCCCAGACGCCCCCGGUGUCUUCUCUCCCCACGUCUCCCUCUGAUGAGGUGGGCCGGAGACAGAGCCUCUCCUCCCCCGAGACCCAGACGUCCAGACCAGCCAACAGGACAGGGACAUCCCUGUCGGACCCCAGCAGCAGACUGUCCACCUCCCCUCCCCCCCCGGCCAUCGCUGUGCCCCUCCUGGAGAUGGGCUUCUCUCUGAGGCAGAUCACCAAGGCUCUGGAGGCUACAGGGACAGGUACUCGUGGCGAGGCUGAUGCCCAGAACAUAACGGUCCUGGCUAUGUGGAUGAUAGAACACCCUGGAACAGAGGAGGACCAGGAUGAGAGCCACUCUGGAGGACGCGGGUCAGACAGCUCCUCGUGCCCAGGGGCCACAGCCUCGGGAGGGGGUAAGAGUCUGGAGAGGAGCUACCUACACUCCCCUGGAGAUAUGGCCAACGCUGACGCUGCAGACAUGGAGGAGGGCUUCAGUGAGAGUCCAGAGGGUCUGGACCAGGACAGUGCCUCUGCCUCCUCUGGUCCAACACCCAGAGGUCGCUCUGCUGUCAGCAGGAAACACCGCUUUGACCUGGCUGCUAGGACACUGCUGGCCCGCGCUGCUGGUCUGUACCGCUCGGUGCAGGCCCAUCGCAGCCAGUCUCGUAGAGAGGGCAGUGCCCUACAGCAGGACCCUGGAACUCUGUAUGACUUUAACCUGGACGAGGAACUGGAGCUGGAUCUGGACGAGGAGACCAUGGAGGCCAUGUUUGGUCAGGACCUGGCCAGCGACACUGACAUCCUGGGCAUGUGGAUCCCAGAGGUACUGGACUGGCCAACAUGGGUGUGUCAUGUGUGUGAGACAGAGGAACGAGACGAGGUGGUAGUAUGUGAGUUGUGUGAGGCUAGCGUUGCCAACUUCAACCAGCACAUGAAGAAGAGCCACCCUGGCUGCGGGCGCAGUGCCAACCGACAGGGCUACCGGAGCAACGGGUCCUAUGUAGACGGAUGGUUCGGGGGGGAGUGCGGCAGCGGUAACCCGUACUACCUCCUCUGUGGUAGCUGCCGGGACAAACACCUGGCGGUGAAGAGUAAAACCACAGUCCCCGUGACGGAGAGGUCAGUGGCGGACAGAAGAUAUAAGGGACUGGCCCCGGACCUCUUGGGGAAGCAGGACAGUGUCUAUGAAGAGGAAUGGGACAUGCUGGAUGUUGAUGAGGAGGAGAGGUUAACUGGGGAGGAAGAGUUUGAGCUGCUGGCGGGACCGUUGGGUCUGAGUGAGCGCCGGGUCGUUCCAGAGGCCGUCCAGUUCCCCGACAGUGACCCCCUGGGGGCGUCCGUAGCCAUGGUGACCGCCACCAACAGCAUGGAGGAGACUCUGCUGCAGAUAGGCUGCCAGGGCGCGGUGGAGAACAGCUCCUCAGGCAGAGUGACUCUGGGUGAGCAGGCUGCAGCCCUGGACAACCCCCAUGACAGGGUCGUGGCUCUGAGGAGGGUGACCUCUGCAGCGCAGGUUCUCCUGGCCAGGACCAUGGUGAUGAGGGCCCUGUCUCUACUCUCUGUCAGUGGUUCUAGCUGCAGCCUGGCAGCAGGGUUGGAGUCCCUGGGUCUGACAGACAUCAGGACCCUAGUCAGACUGAUGUGUCUGGCUGCAGCAGGGCGAGCCGGCCUCUCCACCAGCCCUACAGCUGGAUCAGGGGCCUCAGAGCGGCCCCGCGGGGCCACCAAGGCCAGUAAACCUAUCUCCUGUCUGGCAUAUCUCAGUACGGCUGUGGGUUGUCUGGCCUCCAACAGCCCCAACGCUGCCAAGCUACUGGUCCAGCUCUGCACACAGAACCUGAUCUCCGCGGCAACGGGGAUGAACCUGACCACGGUAGACGACCCCGUCCAGAGGAAGUUCCUCCCCAGCUUCCUGAGGGGCGUGGCCGAGGAGAACAAGCUUGUGACGUCACCCAAUUUCGUGGUCACCCAGGCCCUCGUGGCCCUGCUCGCUGACAAAGGGGCCCGGCUCAGACCCAACUAUGACAAGACCGACGUGGAGAAGAGAGCAGGUUUAAUUGCACAUUUGUAUACCCAUCCUUCCUAUAAUCCCACUGCUGUAGGACCACUGGAGCUGGCCAACGCGCUGGCUGCUUGCUGCCUGUCUUCUCGCCUGUCCUCGGGACACCGUCAGUGGGCCGCUCAGCAGCUGGUCCGCACGCUGGCCGCUCACGACAGAGACAACCAGAGCCGGCCGCAAACCUUUGCCGACAUGGCUGGUGACCUGCGCAAGUGCUCUUCUGUGAAGUUGGAGGCUCACCAGAGCAGGGUGAUCACGUGUGGUUGGUGCAGUAGGAAAGGCCUGCUGGCCACCAGCGGUAACGAUGGAACAGUCCGAGUGUGGAGCGUUACUCAGAACCAGUACUCCCUUCAACUGACCUGCGUCUUCAACAGAACUGCUGGUUCUCCAGAGGAGGGUGGGCAGUGUCUUGGUUCCCCUGGCGACCCCAGUCUGUCUCCUCUGGUCUGGAGCGCCACAGGCAAAUACCUGGCUGCUGCCAUGGAGAAACUAGUCAACAUCUGGCAGGUCAACGGUGAGAGAGACAGUGGUAAAGGUCUGCUGGACGUGCAGCCCCACUGGGUGUCGGCUCUGGCCUGGCCGGAGGGAGAAGCUGUGUCCCUGUGGUGUGGGGAACCCAGAGAUGUGUUGCUGGUGGGACGGAUGGACGGAUCCCUGGGCCUACUAGAGGUUCACGAUGCCUGCACCAUGCAUCGCACUGAGCUGGAGCACUGCUACCGGAAAGAUGUGUCAGUGAUCCACAUAGCCUGGUACAGUGAGGACAGGCCGUUCGCUGUGGGCUACGCUGACGGGAAGCUGCUGAUUGGAACCAAAGAGCCUCUGGAGAAAGGAGCCGUCGUGAUCAUCGAUGCCCAUAAGGAGUCCAUCACCAGUAUGAAGUGGGAUCCUACUGGUCAGAUGCUGUUGACCUGUGCCAAAGAGGACGUGGUGAAGCUAUGGUCCAGCCCUGGGUCAGGGUCAAACCCUGGAGCAGGCUGGAGGUGUCUGCAGAGCCUACCCCACCCUGCCCAGGUCAAUGGAGUGGCCUGGUGUGGUCUGACUGGACACGGAGCCAAACCUCUCAACAUGCUGGCCACGUGUUGCCAAACCGGACUGGUGUCAGUCUGGACCGUACCUCAAGACGCCUCUGCCUUCCCAGAAUCCACCUCUUCUGGCUCCGAGCCCCGGAGGGACAACGAACCCAAAGCCAAACGCAAGAAGCAGCAGAGUUCCAGCAGGCGUGUGGAGGGGGCGGUGUGUGUGUUCCAGCUGAAGGGUCAUAUCACCCCGGUCAGGACAGUAGUCUUCAGCCCUGACGGCCUGGCCCUGGUGUCUGGAGGGGUGGGAGGCCUCAUGAACAUCUGGUCCCUACGAGACGGCUCAGUGCUCCAGACAGUAAUAGCCGGGUCAGGAGCCAUCCAGAACAUCGUCUGGAUCCCAGAUGUGGGCGUGGCCGUCUGCUCCAACAGGUCAAAGGAUGUGUUGGUGGUGAACUGCUCGACAGACUUCAUGUCCUCUCACCAGGUGCUAGCCACCUGCCGGACGGCGCUGAAGAAGCAGGGGGUUGUGGGAUUGAACAUGGCUCCGUGCAUGAGAGCCUUCCUGGAGAGGCUUCCUGUUAUGCUGCAGGAGCAGUACUCAUACGAGAAGCCCCAUGUAGUGUGUGGAGAACAGCUAGUCCACAGCCCCUACAUGCAGUGCCUGGCCUCCCUGGCUGUGGGGCUACACCUGGAUCAGCUCCUGUGUUCCCCUCCCGUGCCCCCCCACCUCCGCCUCUGUCCCCUGGAUCCAGCCACCUGUACCUGGUCACCCGGCGAGUGGGCGUGGCUAGACUGCUUCUCCACCACGGUGAAGGCAGCGGAGGCCCUGGCUCGGGGUAACACGUUCCCAGAGGGCUUUGCUGUUCCUGACCUGGAGCCUGUACCCAAGGAGGAGAUGGUCCUUCUCAUGGACAACAGUACAUGGGGUUCUGGUAUGGAUGAACAGAUCAUGUCGUGGGCCACUUCCAGACCUGAGGACUGGCACCUGGGAGGGAAGUGUGAUGUAUUUCUGUGGGGAGCUGGUAGACACGGACAGCUGGCAGAGGCUGGCAGAAACAUCCUGGUGCCUACCAUCGCACCCUCCUUCUCACAGGCACAACAGGUGGUGUGUGGUCAGAACUGUACGUUUGUGAUCCAGGCUAACGGGACAGUGUUAGCCUGUGGGGAAGGCAGCUACGGCAGACUGGGACAGGGCAACUCUGAUGAUCUGCAUGUCAUCACCGUCAUCUCAGCCCUGCAAGGCUUUGUGGUGACCCAGCUGGUGACGUCGUGUGGCAGCGACGGUCACUCCAUGGCCCUGACGGAGAGCGGCGAGGUGUUCAGCUGGGGAGAUGGAGACUACGGGAAGCUGGGACACGGGAACAGUGACCGUCAGAGACGACCGAGGCAGAUCGAAGCCCUGCAGGGAGAGGAGGUGGUGCAGAUGUCCUGUGGGUUCAAGCACUCAGCGGUGGUGACUGCUGAUGGGAGGCUGUUCUCCUUUGGGAACGGGGACUAUGGCAGGCUGGGGCUGGGAAACACUUCCAACAAGAAACUACCUGAGAAGGUCACCGCGCUGGAGGGAUACCAGGUCGGACAGGUGGCGUGUGGUCUGAAUCAUACCGUAGCCGUCUCUGCUGAUGGAACGAUGGUCUGGGCCUUCGGGGACGGAGACUACGGGAAACUGGGACUGGGGAAUUCUACCGCCAAGUCCUCACCUCAGAAGGUGGACGUUCUCUGUGGACUCGGUAUCAAGAAGGUGUCCUGUGGAACUCAGUUCUCUGUCGCCCUCACUAAAGAUGGCAAUGUGUACACGUUCGGACAAGACCGACUGAUAGGGCUGCCGGAGGGCCGGGCCAGGAACCACAACCGUCCCCAGGUCGUACCAGCUCUGUCUGACGUGUUUAUACAGGAUGUGGCUGUGGGGGCCGAACACACACUGGUCCUGUCCUCUACUGGAGAGGUCUAUACCUGGGGAAGCAACUCAGAGGGACAGUUGGGUCUGGGCCACACCAACCAUGUGAGAGAACCCACCCUGGUGACAUCACUACAGGGGAAGGACAUUAACCAGGUCUCUGCUGGUCGCUGUCACUCUGCUGCCUGGACCGCUCCCUCUGUCCCUCCCCGGGCUCCGGGUUCCUCCGUACCCCUCCAGCUAGGCCUGCCGUCAGCGGUGCCCCCCCAGUUCAGCUCUCUGAGAGAGGUCAGCAUGGAAGCAGUCCGGGCCAGACUACGUGUUCUUUACCACUUCUCUGACCUCAUGUACUCAUCAUGGAGAUUACUCAACCUGAGCCCCAACAACCAGAGCUGUACGUCCCACUACAACACAGGGACGUGGGGCAUCGUCCAGGGCCAGUUGAGGCCCCUAUUGGCCCCCAGAGUCUAUACUCUCCCCAUGGUGAGGUCCAUAGGGAAGACUAUGGUGCAAGGCAAGAACUAUGGACCCCAAAUCACUGUCAAAAGGAUCUCCACACGGGGUCGUAAGUGUAAGCCCAUCUUUGUGCAGAUAGCCCGUCAGGUGGUCAAGCUGAAUGCGUCUGACCUGCGCCUGCCGUCCAGGGCCUGGAAGGUCAAGCUGGUGGGGGAGGGGGCCGACGAUGCUGGAGGGGUGUUUGAUGACACCAUCACUGAGAUGUGUCAGGAGUUGGAGACAGGAGUAGUGGAUCUCCUCAUCCCCUCCCCCAACGCCACAGCUGAGGUGGGCUACAACAGAGACAGGUUCCUGCUGAGCCCGUCAGCCUGUCUGGAUGAGCAGCUCCUCCAGUUUAAGUUCCUGGGCAUCCUGAUGGGGGUGGCUAUCCGGACCAAGAAGCCCCUGGACCUGCACCUUGCCCCCCUGGUGUGGAAGCAGCUGUGUUGUAUUCCUCUGGUCCUGGAGGAUCUGGAGGAGGUGGACCUGCUCUAUGUUCAGACACUCAACAGCAUUCUUCACAUUGAAGACAGCGGCAUCACAGAGGAUAAUUUCCAUGAGAUGAUUCCUCUGGAUUCGUUCGUGGGUCAGAGUGCGAACGGUAAGAUGGUUCCUAUUAUCCCCGGUGGAAACAGCAUCCCUCUGACCUUCUCCAACAGGAAAGAGUAUGUAGCCCGGGCCAUCGAGUACCGCCUGCACGAGAUAGACAGACAGGUGGCGGUGGUGCGUGAGGGCAUGUCCUGGAUCGUCCCUGUCCCUCUCCUCUCCCUCCUCACAGCCAAACAACUGGAACAGAUGGUUUGUGGGAUGCCAGAGAUCAGUGUGGACGUGCUCAAGAAGGUUGUGCGGUACCGUGAGGUAGAAGAGCAUCACACCCAGGUCCAGUGGUUCUGGCAGACCCUAGAGGACUUCUCCAACGAGGAGAGGGUGCUGUUCAUGCGCUUUGUCUCAGGACGCUCCAGGCUCCCCGCCAACACCGCUGACAUCUCCCAGAGGUUCCAGAUUAUGAAGGUGGACAGGCCGUAUGACAGCCUGCCGACCUCCCAGACGUGUUUUUUCCAGCUGCGCCUGCCUCCUUACUCCAGCCAGACGGUGAUGUCAGAGAGACUCCGCUAUGCCAUCAACAACUGUCGCUCCAUCGACAUGGACAACUACAUGCUGUCACGCAACGUAGACAACGCCGAGGGCUCGGACACGGACUACUGACCAACCACAGUCUACCCAGAACCAGAUGCACCGUCAAAACAACACACUUUCACAGACCCUCACCACGCGCACACACACACACACACACACUGAGACCCAGGAAAGAGCGGGCCUGGAUGGAAUAAAGACUGUCCUCUCCUCUCACAGAGCGUCACACAGCAGAGACCCAGAAGGGAAGGUUGAUCUACAGCAACAACAGAGAGCGUUAAGUGACCUGUACAGAAGGUCGGGUCACUACUAAACACACCAUUAUAUUCCAUGUUGCUCUACUACUCUCAACACAUUAGACAUAAUGGAUGGAUUUGAUUCAAUGUUUUUAUUUUUCAUCUUGUGGUUUUAUUAGUACGUUUUUUAAAGCAAUCUAAAAACAGAAGCAGUUCAUUGAGUAUUAUUAUUAUUAUUUAGUUUAUUUUUUCAUCGCUUCAUUUCUUUCUUUUUUAGCAUGGAGGUACGUUUAUUUAGGCUUUGGGAAAAUGUGUAUAGAGUAUUCAUUCACCCCAAGUGAACAAGAAAAAAUGAUGUUGUACAUUGUGUAUAAUGUUUCAUUAGGAAAAUGUUUUACAUAAAUAUCCAUAUUUAUUUUUGUUUUCAUUUUUAAAUUGCCUAUGCCGGGUUUCCUAAAGCAGGAAGAAGAAAAAAACUCAAUAAAAUGCUUCAGAACGGA